AUGCUCUCCCCGGGUCCACAAGAUGGGCUUCAUCAGGAGAUAUACGAGGAAGGUCUUCCAUGUCCAUAUGCGAUGUCUACUGACUACCAAGAUCUGAUCUCCAUUCACAAGGCUCCAGAGGAAACAACAUGUAAGUGUGUGGAUCCAGAAGAAGAAGACGAUGGGGAUACCAAGAUGAACCUUUGGAUUCCCCAACCUUCGUCUCGCCUUCUUUGUGCUCUGUGCACCACCUGUGCCGUUCUCCUCUCCAUCAUCAUCAUCCUCAUCAUCUCCUUCAGAUAUCCGGGUGAGAAGCCUCCUGACCGCACCCUGGAGUAUAAGAUCGGAAACCUCAGUAACAGCAUGAACUCCAGAGUGGCCCAACUGAUUCAGGAUGGGAGCAAGACGACAGAGAAGCUACAGCAGCUGAACGAUGCUCUGAAAGCUCUGCAGGCAGACACGUCUAUAAGCACCUUGCAGAGCAGUGUGAAUCGGGCCCUCAACACCCUCCGUAGACUCUCGGAUCAGGUGAAGAAGCUGCAAGUGAAUGGAUCCAACGACUUCACCUGCCCAUCGGGAUGGAGCACCUUCCAGUCCAGCUGUUACUUCGCUCCCUUUGCCGGGAAGUCGUGGAGCGCAUCAAAGAAGUUCUGCGAGGAUAAAGAUUCCCAUCUGGUUGUCAUCAACACGGAGGAGGAGCAGGACUUCGUGUUUUCAAUAAUGAAGGGGAAGUACACGUGGAUCGGACUGACGGACGUGUCUGGAGACUGGAAAUGGGUGGAUGGAACCGAUUACAAUUCUGCGCCAAAGAAUUGGAUCCCUGGACAGCCCGAUGAAUAUUAUGGUCAUGGACUCGGUGGAGGAGAGGACUGUGCCCACCUACACAGGAGCGGCCAAUGGAAUGAUGACCACUGCUCCCGAGAGUACAACUACCUCUGUGAGAUGGACAUGAUAUGAAGAG